AUGUCCGACCGUGUCACACGAGCGCGGCGACGCGGCGCGCGCGCGCGCCCGCUGCGGCUGGCCGAGGACUUCGUGCCGCGGCUCGAGCAGGUGCGGCUCGGCCUGCCGCGCUUCGCGCCGCGCACCGAGGCCGAGACGAUGGCCGCGAUCUACACGUGGUGGAACAUCCUCGACGCGGAGAUGUACGACCACGACGCGAAGUACAAGUACCAGACGGGCUACCUGCGCGAGAUGCAGCUCAAGCGCAUGGUGCAGCUCGUGCGCGAGACCGGCGCGCGCCGCUACUGCGAGAUCGGCAUGAACGGCGGCCACUCGGUGGCGGCGGUGCUGCAGUCUUCGCCGAACGUGAGCGCGACGGUGUUCGACAUGAUGGCGUUCAACUACAGCUGGCCGGUCGCGGGGCUGCUGCACGCGCAGUACGGCCGCCGCUUCAAGCUGCACCCGGGCAACUCGCGCGCGACCGUGCCGCGCUGGCUCCACGCGAACGGCAUGGGCGGCGCCAAGGCGCCCGGCGCGGCCGACAAGGCGCCCAGCGCGGCCGCCAGCGCCGGCGCCGCGGGCGGCCGCGGCCACGCGGGCCACGCGUGCGACCUGAUCCUCAUCGACGGCGACCACACCGCCGGCUGCAGGUCCGACAUGGUGCUCAUGAGCAACGCGGCCUCGCCGCGCGCGCGCGUGGUGGUCGACGACAUCCAGAUGCCGCCCGGGAAGGCGCUCGCGCGGCUGAACGCGACGGGGCUGAUGCGGAUCCUCGAGACGUACGGGCCGUACAGCGCGCGCGAGAGAGACCCGCGCAACCCGUGCAUGCGCAUGGUCCAGCCGCCGUACGAGAUGUGUAUCCCGUGGGGCUUCUCGGUCGCCAAGUACCUGCGCGCCGCCACACUGUCAGACUAUUAG